GUAAAUGGUAAUAAUAAGUGCGACUUUUAUUUUGGGAGAAGAACGGACUAAAGUAGCUAGCAUCUUAUAUAAAUAGUAACACAUGUGGAAAGAUCUCCGCUACCUUAAACUGAAAAUUUCCUUUCCCUUUGAAACAAUUUUAGAGCCUUCACUGUCACCAAGACUUCACUCUCUCUCUUUCUCUUUGAUCAUAACUAAAAACAAAAAAAAACAAAUGGUGUCCUCCAACGAACGAGGCAGCCUCGUCCACAGCAAGAGGUUAUCUUCCGUCGGACCAGGACGAUUUUCCGGUCACGACAUCGUUUAUGAGCCAAGUGGGAUGGACUUAGCCACGAAAUUGCACUACUUGAGGAUGAUCUACUACUUCCCAAGCCAAGCUUUUGAAGGUCUUACUACUAGGAAAAUCAAGGAGCCCAUGUUCACUUGGUUUAACCACUACAACGUGACCGCUGGCCGGUUUCGGAGAUCGGAAUCUGGCCGGCCGAUCAUCAAGUGUAAUGAUUGUGGUGUAAGGAUGAUUGAAGCCCAGUGUGAGAAGACUUUGGAUGAAUGGCUUGAGAUGAAGGAUUCCGAUUCUGCCCUCGAGAGGUUGCUCUUCUCUGAGCAAAUCAUUGGCCCUGAAUUGUCAUUUUCUCCCCUGGUUUACUUGCAGUACACAAAAUUCAAAUGUGGAGGAAUGGCUGUUGGGUUAAGCUGGGCCCAUGUUUUGGGAGAUGCAUUCUCAGCUGCUGAGUUCAUGAACAAUUUGGGCAGAAUCUUAGCUGGGAAAGAGCCCAAAAUCUCAACCCAACCAAAAGCCAAGACUCAAACAAUCGAAAGCCCAAAACAACUCAUUGAGGAUCCGCUUGCAGUCCAACAAAUCGGCCCAGUUGAGGAUAAUUGGAUUACUGUCAACAACUGCAAGUUAGAGACAUUUUCAUUUCAUGUCACACUUGACCGAUUGACAAAACUGAGUGACAAAAAUGGCACUGAAAUUCCUCCUUUUGAGUCCCUUUCUGCUAUGAUAUGGAAGAUUAUUGCCAAAAUAAGGUAUGAUCACGAGCCGAAAAUCGUCACAAUUUGCCGAAAGGAUGCAACAAAAAAGGAAGUUGGAACUUUGAGCAACAACAGUCAAGUAGUGAGCGUGGUGGAAGUUGAUUUUUCCAUUGGAAAAGCCAGCCAUGGGGAGCUAGCAGCAAUGCUGAAGAAUCAGGCGAAGGACGAGCGGAAAAAGAUCGAGGAUGCCAUGGAACGGGCGAAAGGGUUGGCAGAUUUCGUGUUGUACGGGGCGAAUUUAACAUUUGUGGACUUAGAGGAAGCAAAAUUUUAUGAAUUCGAGUAUUCAGGGAUAAAUCCAGUUAGUGCGAGCUGCAUGAUCGACGGCGUUGGCGACAAUGGAGCUGUUUUCGUGCUUCCGGGGCCGAAAACUGGUGGUGCUAGGAUUGUUACUGUUGUUUUGCCAGAGCAGGAAGUCGAGGAGUUCAAAUCAGAGCUCAAGGAGUGGUUAGCUUGAAUAAGUCAGUUUGAACAAAGUUGUUCAGUUUCAGUUUGAUGAAAUUAAGAUUUGUUUCUAACUUCUUGAAAGAUGUUUUAUGUGUGCACUGCGUGGAUGUUAAAUAUCAUAGUGAUGUGAAUUUUGUGUGAUUGUAGAAGUGGAAUGAAAAAGGUUCAAUGUGGCCUUUUUCAUUCUUUACUACGUUGCAUUUUAAUAGCUGCAGUUAGUAAUUUCAUUUUCAAAAUAUGUAUGGUCUUUACUAUGGGAUAAAAAGAUAUAUUUGGUCAAGUUUUUCCCCUUUUUUUUUGGCCUCCACUUUUUAAAUGUACAAACAUUUUAUUUGUAGUUUCUUAGAUUAAGUCCGCGCGACUUAAUGGUGGAAAAAUAAUAUAUAAAAUAACGAUCAUAAUUUUUAUCUGAAACUACUAUAUUGCUCG